CGUGUUAAACAUAUAAAAAAGUAGAAGUUGCUGGAAGUCGUUGUAUUGCUGGGGAAACUGUUAAAGUAUUUUUCUCCACGUUGAUAUUAAGUACAUCAAUCUGAAAAUAUGACGUGUUUCAGUUUUAAUACUUAGACGUUUGCAUUUCGGUUACGUUUUAAAAAGUUACAAACAUUUAGCUUCUUCAUUUUUUCAAUUAAAUGUAUUUAUUUUUAUAUCUCCUUAAAUAUUAUUAUCGAUUUGUUCAAGUCCUAUGCUGCUACAACACUAAUUCGAAGCGCAAAUUACAAUAGCACAGUCUUUUCAAUGUCCCUGAACGCACCAUGAGGAUCAGACAGGAGCAGAGUAGAAACACCGAAGAGGAGAAACAAGUUCACGCCAUUAUCACGCUUUGGUGUUUACUUUAUUAACAGAGUUUUGCGCGUUCUUAAACCGUCAACACGCGGCUGAUUUGAACUUUAUCGUCCCGGAUCCGUCGACGGAGGGUUUGUUGUUGUUACUGUUGUUGUUCUGGCUUCGGUUGAGACACAGUUGACUUGUGUUUUUGGUCUCACUGAGACACGGAACCAGGGACAGACACAGGCGGGGUUUCGGUGACGACUCUCGGCGUCUCUGCGGACAAAUGUCCGCAGCGGUGAAAUGCCCAGAGGAGCUGGACUUCAGACUGAGCUUUGAGGAGGAAGAGGAGCAGAAGCGGGAAGAAGAAUACGGGAGCGGCGGACACUCAACAGGUCAUGUUCCACUCAGUCAGUCUGUGAGUCAGGACCAGUUGAAUCCUCCUCCAUAUUUCAGCACCACAGAUGGUUACCAACAUGUGCUCUACCAACCCCAGGGGUCCCAGCAUGGAACCCAGGGGAACCUCAGAACCUUUGACUGCCCCAGUAUACAGAUUACAUCCAUAGCUCCUAACCACCAUGUGGAGCCCUGUGUUGGGGCCGAAGAUCUGGCAGUGGGGGGUGCAAAUGGGGGCUACAGUGAGACCUCCUGGAGCAGGGACCAGCUGUACCUGCCUCUGGAUCCAUGUUACAGGGACCCAGUGCUGUGUCCGAGUCCCUGCAGCAGCAUGUCGUCCAGGAGCUGGAUGUCAGACCUCUCGUCUUGCGAGUCCUUCUCACACGUCCACGACGACGUAGAAGCAGACCUCGUCGAUGCUGCUGCUGCCGUUGCUGCUGCUGGGCGUCCACCGGUCGGAUCGCCCCUGGGGUCUCCUUUCGGUUCCCCAGGAUGUGGAGGUGGAGCCUUUGGUGUGGAGUUGUGGCAGCAGAAGUACCAACAUCCUGGAGCCUUCAGCCCGUCUCUGUCGCCCCUUCAGUCUCCUCGUCAGUCGCCCUGUCAUUCCCCU